AUGUCGCCAGCUCAGAUGUUCUUAGGACGUCGCUUGAAAACUCCAUUACCUGCGACAGCACCCUUGUUGACGACCAAUGCAAAUACUCAAAUCUAUGUGAGUCUCAAAUUGCGCCAAGCGAGGCAACAGGAGAACUUUAACAAACAUGCCAUGCAAAAGCCCCUCAAACCACUAGACCCAGGAGACCAUGUCAUGGUCAAACACCCCGCUAAAGGAACUUGGGAGGCUGGUAUAGUCGAGCGUCAACAUACCACUCCGCGCUCAUACGUUGUGGAAAGCAACGGAAGAAAGUAUCGUCGAAAUAGGAGGUACUUGAAGCAAACACGUGCGCGUGCUGAAGUCGAUCAAACAUAUGACAGUAGGACUAUGAACUAUGAACCAGUCUACGACUACCCAAGACGCGACCUUGAACGCGCUCCAGACCCAGUUCAUCAGGAAGUCAUAGUCCGUAACGACACACGAGAGGUCGUUACGACGCCUCCAACUUCUGGACAAAAGAUGGAUCCUUCAGAACCAUUACCAAAAGUCACACGUAGUGGACGUGCCAUUAAUAUCCCAGCACGAUACCGUGACUGA